AUGAUCUCGCCGCGGCCAGCACUGGAGCCACCUCCCCGCUGGGACGGAGGCCAGAGGCCGUUUCCCUUCCCCUACACACAGGUGCAGCCCCGCAGCGGGAGGCGCGGGCCCGCGGCCAUGUCGGGAGGCCGGGGGCACCUCCUGAGGGGGGCCCCCGACAUGGCGGCGGGCGGCAAAGCGGGACAGCCACCCCGGGCCAGGACCGCUCAGCUCCCCGCCCUACCCCCCUUCUCCCGGGGGGCUGCCCGGCAAGGCGGCAUUGUUGGCCUCGUCCAUCACUCCCCGUCCCCGGCUGACAUAAUGAAUGCGCUUGGACACACCUUCCAGCCCGGCGAAGAGGCGCGCCGAGUCUCCACGGACAGCCCCGCCGAGCUCUCUGCUCCGUUCCCCUCAGCCCUCGGGGAGGCGCCCCGCAAGCCCGGCCGGCCCCAUAGCCCGGCGCCCCGUCCCAGCCCAGUGAGGGGCCGCGGCGGCCGGGCUGGGCUGGGCCGGGCAGGGCGACGGGGGGUAAGAGCCCUCGCUAUGCUGCCCAGCGCCCUGUACUGGGACCUGGUGGGCUCCUCGGCUCUCCUCAACCUGCCGGCGGCGCCGGGCUUCGGCAACCUGGGCAAAAGUUUCCUCAUCGAGAACUUGCUGCGGGCCGGGGCGCCGCCGAGCCCUGCCCAGCUCCGUCCCCUCCCCGCGAGCCCCGUCCCCCUCAAGCUGUGCCCUGCGGCGGAACAAAUCAGCCCCUCAGGGGGUCCCUACCCGACAAGAUGGGCUUUUCAAGUGCUUAACCCCUCCGCGGCGGACGGCGGCCGCCUGCCAGCGCGGGCUCCGGAGGCGGAGAGAGGCGGCGUCUUCCCGCCGGCAGCCACAGCUCUUUCCAAACACUUUUUUCUCCGAGCCCCGCCAUUCUACUCAGCAUGCUGUGGUGGGUCCUGUCAGCACCCUGCAUCCCCCACUGCUUUUCCAAGAGAGGAAAGUGUGCUGCCUCUUCUGACGCAGGAGUCUAACUCCAAGUCCCGAAGAGGUAUAUUAAGAAGAGCUGUCUUUUCUGAAGACCAGAGGAAAGCUUUGGAGAAAAUGUUUCAGAAGCAGAAGUAUAUUAGUAAAACAGACAGGAAGAAACUGGCCAUUAACCUGGGUCUAAAGGAGUCUCAGGUGAAAAUUUGGUUUCAGAAUCGAAGGAUGAAAUGGCGAAACUCCAAAGAAAAAGAAGUGCUUUCAAACAGGUGCCUCCAAGAAGAAGGUCUUCAGGAGAACUACCUCUCACGAUCCACCAUGAAUUUUACCUCCCCAUGCCCAUCUGUGUGGGAAAUGUCCCAGGAGCAAGCAAGUCCAAGGUGGAGGGAGACUUCUCCAGGAAAUUCUGAAAGACUGAUGAGUAUGCAACCACCUCCAAGAGCAAAUUCAUCACAGAGCCCACUGUACUUGUAUCCUGACCAAGGCACUGCAAAUAAGGCAGUUACAUCAUCAGCCUAAGGAAGUAGGGGCAGUUUGUAAAUUGAGUAGAGAGCACAGGCUUCAAAUGAGCAGUCUUCUAAGACUAACAAUAUUUGGACAUUGUAAAUCUAACUAGUUUAUGCCUCAUAAAUUUGCUAAAGUCUAACAUCAUUAAAAUGACAAACAACUAAUGAUUUAAGACAUAUUCUUCAACAUUCAGUCUUUUUUUGUAUCUUUUCCAGUCUUGUACUGACCUUAAAAGUGAAAUAGGAACUGAUGGUAAGUAAAAUGAAGUGAAGAGCACGAAGCUGAAGUUGUGCUCUGAUUUAUACAUCUGUGCUGUAUGUGAUAUUCAUUAAAAUCACAGUGAUAGAGAAUCACUUUUAUCUCUCAUUGCAGUCAGACCAAUUAAUUCCUUUUGUGCAUGAGAUAAGAAUAACCCUAUUUACCUCAAGAACUUUGGAUUCUCUUUGAAAUUCAUUAAGUGACACAAUAGGUUCAUAUUAGACGUAAGCAUUUUUAGUACGUUUUUCUGUCUGUCCUCACCUGUAUCAGUAUUCAAUUAGUUUUAAAUAGCAUGGCCACAGGUCAGCUGAUAACCCUGAUGAAGUAUGCAAUACUAAAAGACAACCAAGUAACCUUAUAAGAAGUUAUAAGAAUGCUUAAAUCACUUUGAUGAGAAUGCAUAGUGGGAAAAGCAAUUCAGUGAGUCCUGUCUUUUCUCCUGUGGGUGAGCCUUCCGAUAUUCUGAACUCUGAAUUUCAGUGGCUUUUGUCAGACCAUUAGUGAAAUCUCUUGUGACCAAUUCUGUAUUUCAACACUGUAAUGGCAAUAUGCAGAAUUGUAGCCAAUAUGCACUAAGCAACAGAACUACAACUGGAAAACCUGCCACUGCAGCCAUCUCAGAGAAGUACUUAACAUACUGUAGUAGUCUUAUUCCUGACUUCUUCCUAUUUAAACUGGUGCCCGUAAGUACUCAUUAGCAUCUGUCUGUGUCAAAGACAGGGCAGUAUUCUAUGUAAUGCAAGUAGCCUCAAAUAAUAUUAUUAAAACUGCUUUACUUAAAAUUAUUUGCUUGCUUCAUCCACUUUAAGGAAAUCACUCUAUGAAUUAAGUAUCAUUUUUUGUUUAUUUGCAAGGCUUUAUAGCUCAAAAUGGGAGCAGAACAUUUUUUUUUUUCUUUAUCAUACAUUUAUGAAUCCAUUUGUUGAGAAAAAAGACAUAAGGUGUUUCAUGUUAGAGGCAAAACCUUUUGGAGAACACUGUAGUUUUAUAGGGACAAUUUAAUUUCUGUCAGAUUCAUAUAUUUUAUAGUCAAAAGAGAUGAUUAUGAUAAUCUGGUCUGGCUUUCCUCAUCAUGCAUGCCAUGAAUGUUUCUGAUUAUUCUUGCCUUGAACUCCAAAGCUUUUUGAACUGUAUUGUACGUCUCUCAAAAAGCCAUACAAUUGUUACCUAAUGUUUUACCUUUUGGUGGACAAUCUACUAUUCCCCUUGUUAAGUUGUAUUAUCUAGGAAGUGACAUUUAGAUACAUUUGCAGCUAAAAAUCUUGAGAUUGCAAUGAUGAUGCUUGUAUCAUAAACUUUAUGCAUGAUCAGGUGA